AUGGAAGAGCUUUCCACAGCAAACACCAUGUUUGCCCUCAGUACCCUCAAGUAUAUAGAAAAAACAAACUCUGCCCAGAACAUCUUUUUCUCUCCGUGGAGCAUCUCAUCCACCUUGGCCAUAGUUUUCCUCGGUGCCAGGGGCGACACUGAGCAGCAGAUGGCUAAUGUGCUACACUUUAACGAAGUUGGUGGCUAUGACAUCACCACGGGAACCCCAGAGAACGUCAAUGGCUGUGAUUUCACACAGCAGAUACAAAGGAAAAAUUAUCCUGAUGCUGUUUUACAGAUACAAGCAAGAGAGAAAAUCCAUUCAUCCUUCAAGUCUCUCAGCUCUGCAAUCAACAUGUGCUCAGGAGACUAUUUAUUGGAAAGUGCCAAUAAGCUGUUUGGGGAGAAGUCUGCCAGAUUCAAGGAAGAAUACAUACAACUCUGUAAGAGAUACUACUCUGCAGAGCCCGAGGCAGUCGACUUCCUGAAGUGUGCCGAGGAAGCUAGAAUAAAAAUCAACUCCUGGGUCAAGAUGCAAACCAAAGGUGAAAUUCCAAACCUGCUACCCAAAGGCUCUGUCGAUGAAGACACCCAGAUGGUACUGGUGAAUGCUGUCUACUUCAAAGGAAAGUGGAAAACUCCAUUUCAGAAGAAACUCAACCAGCUUUAUCCUUUCCGAGUGAACUCGCAUGAGAGCAUACCUGUUCAGAUGAUGUAUCUACGUGAAAAGCUGAACAUUGGAUACAUAAAGGACCUAAAGACUCAGAUUCUAGAGCUUCCUUAUAUUGGAGAUAUCAGUAUGUUCCUGAUGCUUCCUGAUGAGAUUGAUGAUGCGUCCACUGGCUUGGAGCUGCUGGAAAGUGAAAUAAACUUUGAUAAAUUCAACAAGUGGAUCAGUAAAGACACAAUGGCUGAAGAUGACGUUGAGGUCUACAUUCCUCAGUUCAAAUUAGAACAACAUUAUGAACUCAAAUCCAUUCUGAGAAGCAUGGGCAUGGAGGAUGCCUUCAAUAAGAACAAGGCCAACUUCUCAGGAAUGUCCCAGAGGAAUGACCUUUUUCUUUCUGAGGUGUUCCAUCAAGCCACAGUGGACGUCAACGAGGAGGGCACUGUAGCUACUGGUGGCACUGGGGCAGUUAUGACAGGGAGAACUGGUCACGGAGGCCCACAGUUUGUGGCAGAUCAUCCCUUUACUUUCUUUAUCAUUCACAAAGGUACUAACGUGAUAUUAUUUUGUGGUAGACUCUCCUCACCUUAAAAGGGAAGACCUUAUUUAUAAAUUGUAUUUUGUAGCAUAAACUAUAAGUCUCAGAAUUGUUUCUGCAAGUGCCAAAAGUUUAGAGACUCUGUUACACAUUUCUGUACUUCUGCUGUAUACUAAGUAUAAACUCAAAAGUAACUGUGCUACUGCCAAUGAUGCUUACAGACAAGUCUAUUAAUUACUUUGUUUACUAAAACCAGAUAAUGUCUAUUUGUUCAUCCUCAUUAUUGCUUUGUCUGUAUAGCUGUAGUUUUUACAGUGUUAUUUAUUAUUUAUAUAAUGGUAGUUUUACAAAUUAUUGUCCUCUGUCUAAAGAAACUAACACUGAAGACAGGUGAUCAGACAAUUUUCUAUUUGAAGAAAAGCAACCAUUUGAUCUAAUAAUGAAGCAAAAAUGGGAGUCCUUACAUGCUCUCCCCAAAUAACUAUCCAAACAAAAGCACUUAUAUUUCUAUCCUUGUAUGUCAUAUGUGUGUCUGCAACUCAUCUGUAAUUAGGAAUAUGUAAUAAGUAAGCAGCUUACUUACCCACAGUUAUUUAUUGUUCUCUAUUAGUUAUGUAGAGCACAUUACU